AGGAUGGGCGGCUUUGGCGUGGUGGCCUGGAGGUGACUGAAGUGAGCCCAGCCCCUUGCAUCCUCCCCCUAGGAACCUCCCUCCCCUUUUUUUCCGCCUUCUGCCAGCGGGAGCAGCAGCUGCAGCACCUGAGUCGCGGCCGCCGCCAGCUCAGGACAACGCGAUGGCUGAUGCUGGGCACAGCCUCCAUCCCUCUGCCAGAGGCAGGGGAGGAACGAAGCGGCGCAGGCUCCGGCUCCUGCGGCUGCUGCUCUGGGUCGGGACCGCCUUCCAGGUGACCCAGGGAGCGGAACGGGAGCUUCACGCCUGCAAAGAGUCUGAGUACCACUACGAGUACACCGCAUGUGACAGCACGAGUUCCAGGUGGCGGGUUGCUGUGCCACACACCCCAGGCCUCUGCACCAGCCUCCCGGACCCCGUCAAGGGCACCGAGUGCUCCUUUUCUUGCAAAGCUGGGGAGUUUCUGGACAUGAAGGACCAGUCCUGUAAGCCCUGCACUGAGGGCCGCUACUCCCUUGGCACAGGCAUCCGGUUUGACGAGUGGGACGAGCUGCCCCAUGGCUUUGCCAGCCACUCAUCCAACGUGGAGAUCAACGACAGCACCAAUGAGUCCACCGAGAACUGUACUUUAUCCAAGUGGGUUCCCCUGGGCGACUACAUCGCCUCCAACACGGACGAGUGCACGGCCACACUGAAGUAUGCCGUCAACCUGAAGCAGUCGGGCACUGUCAGCUUCGAAUACUACUACGCAGACUCCAACAUCAUCUUUGAGUUUUUUGUCCAGAAUGACCAGUGCCAGCCCAAUGCGGAUGACUCCCGGUGGAUGAGGACCACAGAGAAAGGAUGGGAAUUCCACAAUGUAAAGCUAAAUCGAGGCAAUAAUGUCCUCUAUUGGAGAACCACAGCCUUCUCAGUGUGGUCCAAAGUCUCCAAGCCAGUGCUGGUGAGAAACAUCAUCAUCACAGGGGUAGCCUACACUUCGGAAUGCUUCCCCUGCAAACCCGGCACAUAUGCAGACGAGCAGGGCUCCUCUUUCUGCAAACUUUGUCCAGAAAAUUCUUAUUCAAACAAGGAAGAAACUUCUUGCCACCAGUGUGACGCCGACAAAUACUCAGAAAAAGGAUCCUCUUCCUGCAAAAUGCGUCCAGCCUGCACCGACAAAGAUUACUUCUACACGCACACGGCCUGCGAUGCCAACGGAGAGACGCAGCUCAUGUACAAAUGGGCCCAGCCGAAAAUCUGUAACGAGGAUCUCGAGGAGGCGGUGAAGCUGCCCGCCUCUGGCGUGAAGACCCGCUGCCCGCCAUGCAACCCAGGCUUCUACAAAACCGACAACAGCACCUGCGAGCCCUGCCCUUAUGGCUCUUACUCCAACGGCUCUGAUUGUAGCCACUGCCCAGCCGGCACUGAGCCUGUCGUGGGAUUCGAAUACAAAUGGUGGAACACGCUGCCCACGAACAUGGAAACGACCGUUCUCAGUGGGACCAACUUCGAGUACAAGGGCAUGACAGGCUGGGAGGUGGCCGGGGAUUACAUUUACACGGCGGCUGGAGCCUCGGACAAUGACUUCAUGAUCCUCACUCUGGUUGUGCCAGGAUUUAGACCUCCACAGUCGGUGAUGGCGGACACAGAGAACAAAGAGGUGGCCAGGAUCACAUUUGUCUUUGAGACCAUCUGUUCUGUGAACUGUGAGCUCUACUUCAUGGUGGGUGUGAAUUCUAGGGCCAACACUCCCGUGGAGACGUGGAAAGGCUCUAAAGGCAAGCAGUCCUUCACCUACAUCGUUGAGAAGAACGCUACUGUGAGCUUCACCUGGGCCUUCCAGAGGACCACUUUCCACGAGAUCGGCAGAAAGUACACCAACGAUAUUGCCAAGAUCUAUUCCAUCAAUGUCACCAAUGCCAUGAACGGGGUGGCCUCCUACUGUCGGCCCUGCGCCCUGGAAGCCUCUGACCUGGGCUCCUCCUGUACCUCCUGUCCUGCUGGCUACUACAUUAACCGGGACUCAGGGACCUGCCACUCCUGCCCCCCUAACACCAUCCUGAAAGCCCACCAGCCCUAUGGAGUCCAGGCCUGCGAGCCCUGUGGCUCAGGGACCCAGAGCAACAAGAUCCACACUCUGUGCUACAACGACUGCACCUUCUCAGUCAGCUCUGGGAGCCGGUCGUUAGACUACAACUUCUCGGCUCUGAAAGACCCCAUCUCUCUGGCUGGAGGGCCAAGCUUCACUUCCAAAGGGCUGAAAUAUUUCCAUCACUUCACCUUCAGUCUCUGUGGAAACCAGGGUAAGAAAAUGGCUGUGUGCACUGAGAAUGUCACUGACCUCCGGAUUCCUGAGGGGGAGUCAGGUUUCUCCAAAUCCAUCAGAGCCUACGUCUGCCAGGCGCUCAUCAUUCCUCCAGAGGUGACAGGCUACAAGGCUGGAGUGUCCUCGCAGCCUGUCAGCCUCGCUGAUCGGCUUGUCGGGGUGACAACAUAUAUGACUGUGGAUGGAAUCACCUCUCCAGCUGAACUUUUCCACCCAGAAUCCUUGGGAAUACCAGACGUGAUCUUCUUUUAUAGGUCCAAUGAGGUGACUCAGUCCUGCAGUUCUGGGAGGGCCACCACCAUCCGAGUCAGAUGCAGUCCACUGAAGCCUGCCCCGGGAAGUCUCUCCCUGCCCAGCACAUGCUCUGAUGGGACCUGUGAUGGCUGUACCUUCCACUUCCUGUGGGAGAGUGCAGCCGCUUGUCCGCUCUGCUCGGCCGAUGACUACCACGCUAUCAUCAGCAGCUGCGUGGCUGGGAUCCAGAAGACUACCUAUGUGUGGCGAGAACCAAAGCUAUGCGUGGGCGGCGACGCUCUGCCUGAGCAGAGAAUCACCAUCUGCAAAACUAUCGAUUUCUGGCUGAAAGUGGGCAUCUCCGCGGGCACCUGCACUGCCAUCCUGCUCACCGUCUUGACCUGCUACUUUUGGAAAAAGAAUCAAAAACUAGAGUACAAGUACUCCAAGCUGGUGAUGAACGCUUCCCUCAAGGACUACGACCUGCCAGCAGCCGACAGCUGCGCCAUCAUGGAAGGCGAGGACGUGGAGGAUGACCUCCUCUAUACCAGCAAGAAGACCUUCUUUGGGAAGAUCAGAUCAUUUACCUCCAAGGCUGCUCUUGACCAGGCUCCUUCUCUCCCAACUCCAGUUGAUGAACUGUUUGGGCCUUUCAACUUCCAGGAGGAGUAGUGAACCAUCCAUGGUCAGCCAGCUCCUGUCACCAUCUCUCUUUCAGAGGACUCCUGAUGGGUUUGACUCGGUGCCACUGAAGACAUCCUCAGGAGGCCCAGACAUGGACCUGUGAGAGGCAAUGCCCUGCCUCUCCUGCCUCCUCACCUUGGCACACCACCUUUCGAGCCUGUGGCGAUUUGGUGCCAGCUUCCUGCAACACCCACUGCUGGAAAUCUCUUCAUUGUGGCCUUAUCAGAAGUUUGAACUUUAGAUCUUUUGUGUGUUUUUUAUAGAGUAUCCAAACUCUCCUUUAUGCUUGCCUCAAACCUGCCAAAUACACCCAACUUUGUAUAUUACUCCCUUGCUUGCAUCUUGUUUCCCAAAAUGGUCCAGCCAUCAGAGCCAUAGCUUCACCUGCUCAUAACUCUUACAGCCCUAGAAUGAAGAGUUCCCUUUUCUUAAGUAUAGAACCUAUUCCUCUGUCCUCUCAUUUAAGGGCGGAAGCAGCUGGGAGUUUCCCUGAUCAUGUGCCCUCACUCUUGAUCUCUUUAGGAGAGAGGUUGGGUAAGAGGGUAUUGGUGUCCUUGGUGCACCAUCUUCAUGGUGGCCUGGAUUCAUCUCUUCUGGGUAAAUAGCUCACACUGAGGGUAAUGGAUAGGCUGAGGGCUGGGAGAGUAAGGCCUGGGUAAGGAGGCUUGAUAAGCACAAAGAGAGGCAAUGAGGAAGGUUUGGUUUUGUUCUUUUUUUUUUUUUUAAUAUAUUUUAUUGAUUUUUUUACAGAGAGGAAGAGAGAGGGAUAGAGAGUUAGAAACAUCGAUGAGAGAGGAACAUCGAUCAGCUGCCUCCUGCACACCCCUCACCAGGGAUGUGCCCGCAGCCAAGGAAUCGACCCUGGGACCUUUCAGUCCGCAGGCCGACACUCUAUCCACUGAGCCAAACCGGUUAGGGCUGGUUUUGUUCUUUAAACUAGGUACUUCCUUCUCUUUUCGUAAGUAAGAGAGAAAUAUUCUCACUGGAGCCAAAGGAAACAGUUCACUGAGAAAAUGCCCAAGGCCCUGGUGGAUCUACUCCCCCAGCUUUUUUUUUUUUAAUCUCUCACUAUCUAUGACACUAAAGAAAACCAGGUAACCCCCAAGCCCCGAUGUCCUACUUCUUUUUACCCACAGAGAUGACAAACCCUAUCAGUGAGGACAAUUCCCCAUCCCUGAGUGCCCCAUUCCUCGAGGCCUGGGCCAUAUCAUGCUACAGGGGUAUCAUAUUUUGAAAGAACAUAAGGAGACCAUGGUUUUAACAGGGCCAUACUGGGGGAUCCAGCCCACAAUAGGAUGGACCUGAAGUGGUGACACUGGCUUCUAAGUGUAAUUCUUCUACUCAGCCAGAAUAAGUAACUUCUAGGCUGGCCAGAAAAGGAACUGACUCACAGGCCCCAAACUCAGCAGCAGAACCAGAUCAGUAUCUAAGGAGGAAAAACAAAGGGAGGUGAACUAGGAGUUCACCCAACUGGGACACUUCACACUUUCAAGCCCCUGUCCUGCCUUUUUCCUGUUCUCAUCUUCUUUGUGUGCCAACCCUCUAAAAAGACUUCUGGCCCCGAUUCCUGGCAGCAUCCCUUAUGAAAGGUGAGUAAAGCGAGUGUCCUCGGUAGCCCUUUUCUCCACUCUUACACCACCUAUAAUGGAUGAACUUUAACUAGGAUGGUAAACCCAGAGCAAGGGCUUAAGUUUCCUUUUCCUUUCUACCACUGACAAUUCUCCCUCCAUCACUGUCAGGCUAGAAUGACCAUCCCUUGGCCUAGGGCCCAGAUGCCCAUGGUCUGUGCCUGUCUCCCUUCUUGAGUGGUUAUUGGUGACCAGAUGGUAGGAACAGGAUGCAGGUGGCAUUUCUAAGUGGUUUGUCUGCCACCAAAUGGUUUGCUGGUCUUCAUUAGCCAUUGCUGUCCCAGAAAUAGUCUUAUAAAAGGGUCCACGAGGACUGGAGCCCUGUGUGACUCUGGCAAACAACAGCAUCACUAAAGGGAGGCAGCCCCUUUGACUCAACACACCUAGAAGCUUUUCUUCGAGUAUCCAAAUUCUCCCUCUCUUGUGGGAGUCAGGCUCGCAGACACUGCGGCCUGGUUGGAAUUUCUCCAAAAGGAUGCAGACAGCCAGCUUCUGAGCUCCAGCCCAGGUUUUCUGCAGCCUCAGCAACACCCUGGACAUCUGCUUGCCCAUUGAAUAACUUGCUUUUGUGACAGAGGCCACAGGAUAUGCUUAGACUAUUCUAGAAGCUGUAGGGCAAAGUACAUACCCCAUUGACUUCUUUAUUCUGACAUCUUGAAACUGAGUGUCCCCAGGGCAACCUCAAACCCCACUGAUGUAGUCAUAGUACUUUAAGGAUCUCCUUUACACCAUCCCUCUGUACUGACUCCUGUGGGUCUCCCGUGUCCUGCCAGGAACGCCUGAGUUAUGCUAUGGGGUCUACCUGUAGCUCCCCUGGCAACUUAGACACAGGGUAGAUACUUUUUAAUAGCUCUUUGGAGCUGUAAUUCAAAUAUCACACAAUUCUCUCAAUUACAAUGCACAAUUCAAUGGAUGUUAGUGUACUCACAGCAUUGUGUGUGCAUCACCACAAUCAACUUUAGAAUAGACACAUGUUAGACGGUAUAUGGGAAAAGCCUUAUGCCUUUAAGCUAAGGCUAUAGUGGUUUGUAUAAGCUAUUGGGGGAGGGAGUGUGGGCUCAGCAGAUAAAAUAUUUAAAUCCUAUUUGGUAACCUAAAGUCCUAGAACACACAAGUAACUCUCAUCACAUAGAUGUGACCUGUAUUUGGUUGGGAAUACAAAUGAAGAUUGUGGCAUAGUCAAAGACCAGGGGAUUUCUUAUGCCAACAAAACCUUUAUUUAUUUUUUGUCUGACUCUACAUUAAAGAUAUGACUGACUAUAUUUAUACAACAGAAACUUUGUAACGAGUUUUUCAGCUUUGUGAAACCAAAUGUUUUUGCGUUAUCAAGACUGGAUGGGUUUCCUUUUUUACUCUGUAUUCCAAGAGUUUGUAGUUUAUUAGGGGAUGGAUACUGCAUGUCACAUUUUUGUGUGAAAUAAAAACAUACCUUUCAAGUUGUUUUUCUUGAA